GGGUACCCCGGCUGGAACAGAAGUUGUUUACCCUUUAGCCCAACGCUCCGGACUUAACCUCGACAAACCGAGGCGUGACUGGGAGAAGGGGGCCCUUUAAAUCCAGUCCGCGGGGUUUUACGUAACACAGCGGAGGAAAAAGCCAGGGGGAAGCGCCGGAGAGAGGGGACUUAACGAUCCGGGGAGUGGAUCUGUUGGAGAGGCCAGAGCGCACAGCGCACAGGAACUAGACCAGGCUGAGGAUUUAUUCUGGAGGGCAGGGAAAACUUAUUAGUAACGCAAGUGUGCCAAGGUCAUCAAUCCUUCCGUCCUCCUCUGCUAACCAUACGGUGACCUCUGACAGAAAAGUGAAAUAAGAGGAAGGGGAAAUUGCCAUUUAAAAAGGCCCCAGGGUAUUGAGCGGCCUGCGUCAUGGCAGCCAUUGAUCUGGAGCGUGGGCUGGAGCACAGCGGCAGAGGAUGGGGGCAAGAGAGGCCAGAGCUGAUGGACAACUUUGACUCUGAGAUGCAGGAGUGGGAGGACCAACUGCAGGACAUCCAGAGGAAAAUUGAAGAGUUGUACAAUGAAGUUCAGGCCCGCAGAGGAGCAAACGAUAUCACUACGGACAACCAGAAAAAUGGCGGCGAGUUGGAGUGUGGCCUGGGGCGCCAUGGCAAUGGCCUUUUUACGCCCGGCCAUCACAGCAAGAAUCACCCUGGAGCUAUAACUGUGCCACAUCACUAUAGUAACGGCUGUAACUAUAACCCCAACGGGUACAGCUACCCUGUGAGUCAUCAGAACGGCUACGGUUACUGCCACACCAAUGGCGCAUCAGAGAUUGGAGACUUGUUGCAGGAUUAUUUGGGGCAGGGGAAACAAAUGAGCCGGAAGAACAACGGAACUCGCCAUGUGCACUUCAGUGACACAAUCAAGGUGAGUCCUGCAUACCAGGAUGAGAUCAGAGGAAGAUCUGGAAAUGACAGGCUUGGUCAAGAGCAGUUUCUGGGCAGUUUUGAGGAGACUCAAAACAGGAAGAACCUAGUGUCUCACAUGAAGAGCUCCCCACGCAGAGAGAGUUCCCCUAACAAAGAAAACACAGGUGCCAAGCCCCCUCUUGGACAAAGGGAUGCUCCUGCUGUACAGCCACGUUCUCAGCUCCCGGUUACAACCACUGAAUCUCCUGCUCUGGACAGGAAGUCCUUCAGUCCAGGCGUCUUGGGAGAUAGAAAGUGCAGCAGCCCCUCCAUUCUCAGGAAGUUUGGAGCCAUGCUGCAGGAAAAUGAGGGCAAAAUGCUCACUGAAUCAGGGGUGGUGACCCAUCAGGGACUGGCCCCGGAGCCAAAGUGCCCCACCCCCAGCUGUCAGCGCAGAGCUUUGGGACCCGCUGCAGUCGCCAGCAGGGCGCCCAUGCGUGUGCCUACCCAGAAAUGCCAAGCUGAUUCUGACGUGCUGACAGCAGAGAUAGAGCCCGGCCAAGAAUGGGGGUUAGUAUCAGACUCUGGGAGACAGAACCACAAAGAUCAAAGAGGAAGCUACAGUGGUUCUAAAGGGUCUCAGCCCAGCCCUCAGCCGUCCCAGAGGAGAUCACAGGUGGUGGGGAGCCCAAAGAUAAGACCCAGGGCGAACAGCGGGGCAGACAGAGAUGGAGGAAGGAAGCCUGCUCCUCAACAUGUGGAGCCCAAAAUGGACUACAGGGUGUCAAAUGCUUCCUCUGGAGCUCAGAGGAUUCAGAGGGGUGGGUUAGUGGGACAGGAGUUUCCAGGUUGUGGUCGAGUGAGGGAUGAAGGACUUAUUGAGCUGCUGGACAUGCUGGACAUCCAACAUGAGUACAGCUCCAGUCCCAGAACAGGACAUACAGCUUACAGACAGGAGCCACAGCAGGUAAAUACAGCUGAGUUGUCCCCAGUAAAACCUAAGAGGAGCUUCUCUCGUCCCGCGCGGCCAGCCAACCAGCGACCUCCAUCCAGAUGGGCCAGCCGGACCCCGACUGCCAGGAUCACCACCCCAUCAGGCCCAAUGUACCGACCCCCAAGCCCACUUACUCGCCCCCCAAGCCCCAUGACCAGAACCCCAAGUCCAGCCCUGAAACACCGGUCUCUCAUCUCCUACUCUCUUCAAACUGAGACUGUCAUUAUGUGAUACUCCCCCAUUUCAAUAAAGCUUGAUCCCUUCCCAGGGAAACCCUUCCUGUGGUUCCCACCCAACACCCUCUCUCUGUGUAAAUACUAAGGACUGCUCUGGUAAAGUGCUUUAAGAGAGUUUCUAAGAAGUUCUUCAUUUCAUCUUGAUGCCAUGUUCAAGAUAAAACACAUCCAUGACAUUCUCCAGUGUUGCUGUGGCUUUUUGCUUCUUCUGUGCUCAACACAUCAACAUAUUGCUCUGUUGCCCCCCUCCCCGCCCCAAUCCACUUUCCUCUUUUUUGUAUUGAAUUUCAGGUGUUUUCUGUAUAAAGAGAUUUAGCAUGCAGCCCUAGUUUGAGGGUGCAUGCUCAUGUGUUUAAUCCUCACGGUUGCCAUGUUGAAUCAAAUUCAACCUGGCCGCAAAUGUGGGAGUGGAUUAAGUUGCAACUGUGCUCCCAGCAGCAACCUGCUAACUGUCAACAACAGUGUGUUUUACUGUAUCAUAUUGUCAAAGUAAUAUAUUUAAGAUGUUCAAAUAACAGCUGUGACAAAUGACUAUGAUAUGCCUUUAAUGUAUUUUUUUUUUCUUGGUAAUAAAUA